GAUAUAGCGAGGUAUAGCUUGGCUGUGACAAGGACGCUCAGCUGAGUAUAUUAGAUUCCAAUUCCGAAGAGAGCCAGCUGAAAAGGAAUCGCGCGCCCAACACGUGCGAAGAGCAGCCCACAUGGAGUUGUACGAUUUCAAGUCGGACGAGCGGCCCUUGAAGGCGCGCGAGUGGCUGAAAGGGAAAGGCCACUCGCUCAGCACCAAAAAAUUUUGGCUCCGGAGAUUUCCCAUCGUCGGCUGGCUGCAGUCCUACACGCUUUCCAUUGCCUCCCAUGAUUUGCUCGCAGGGGUGACAGUCGGCCUGGUCGAGUUACCCAAGUGCUUGGCCGCGGCAAUUUUAGCAGGACUGCCUCCGCAGUAUGGCUUAUACUCCAGUUUAAUCGGAUAUUUCGUCUAUCCUCUUCUGGGCACGUGCAAAUUCCUCAACUUUGGCCCAACGUUGGUGAUUUCUAUGUUGAUGAGCACUUACACCGAUAAAUAUGGCCCUGACGGGGUCGUGCUCAUCGCCUUCCUCGCAGGGGUGAUGAUCACCAUUCUAGCGCUUCUCCAACUCGCUCCACUCGUCGAGUUUAUUUCUUAUCCUGUUACAAGUGGCUUCAUGUCGGCUGGGGUGAUAACUAUUGUGUUAGGUCAGCUGGUAGCGAUGGUUGGAAUAAAAGGGUCAACCGUCAACGUGAUCAAAGCCAUUGAAACUUUCAUCAUUGGAAUCGACCAAUUUAACAUGUGGGACCUGGUUAUGGGUCUAGUGUGCGCUGUGAUCCUUCUGGGAAUUUGGCACCUUGGAGAAAUUACUGAGAAAGCGAUAAAUCGGACCAAAGAACCAACUGGUCGGCAAUUAUUCCUCAGGUACUUCUCGAUGGCUCGCAAUGCAAUUGUUCUGAUUGCCAGCAUCGUAUUUGUGGUUAUCAUGAUCACGACCACAGGCCAAUCCCCGGUGGGAACGCCAGAACAAAUUGAAGAGGGAUUUCCUCCUAUCCGUCCACCAACAUUCCAGCUCCAGAUAGGCGACGAAACACUGUCGUUCGCACAAACUUUGUCGGAACUUUCGGCGCCUCUUUUUGUCGUUCCUCUAAUCCUGCUGUUGGAGUUUGUUUCCGUUGCUAAGUCGUUUGCUGGAGGAAAAACGAUUGACACGACUCAGGAACUUCUGGCUCUUGGUCUCACUAACAUUCUCGGCUCAUUCGUGCAGUCAAUUCCUGUCUCCGCUUCAUUUGUCAGAUCAGCCGUGAAUGUCGCGUCUGGCGUAAAAACUCCAAUUAGCAAUCUCUACACCGGCGGGAUCAUGUUGGCCGUGCUCGGAGUGCUGGCCCAGUAUCUUUCCUACAUCCCCACGUCGACCCUAGCCGCGGUCAUUAUCACUUCGUUGUUACCUCUUUUUAAGAUACCUCAGGUUACAAUGGCCUGUUUCAGGAGCUCAAAAAGAGAUCUGAUCCCGAUGUAUACCACCUUCUUCGUCGGCUUGUUUGUCAAUUUGACUUUCGCAAUCUUGUUUGGCGUCCUUGUCGACCUGGUGUUUAUCCUUUAUCCGACGGCUAGACCAAAGCUCAUCAUAAAAUCGUGCAAGUUUCCAGACAUCGGAGAAGCACUUCUGGUAGUGCCAGAUAAGAACCUCAGUUACUCUAAUAUUGAGUUUACGAAGCAACACAUCAUAAAGAGCGCUGGAGUAACAAAAUCGGAUAUGAUCGUGGUUGACGGUUCCUUCGUCCACGUGCUUGAUACGACUUCGAUAAAGGCAUUGAAGGAAACAGUCGGAUUCUUUCAAUCAUCCCAGAAGAAAAUCUUAUUUAUGAGUUGGAGAAAUCACGUUAGAGAUCAGUUCGUCAAUUUUGACGACAACCAUUCAGACUUGUUCAUUCCGUCGGUCUCGUUUACUGAUAAGUACGACGUGCAUUUGGAAGAUCAAAACUCUCUUCAGGACAUUUAUUAGGGAUAAAUUGCAUCAAGAA